AUGUCUUUGACCGUAUCUGCUAAGGCGGCAAUGUGGACCACCCUGGCCGGCGGUUCCGAUGAUGGCGGAGACUGGCGCUGGGAAGACCAAACCAAACAGUCGCGCGAUCUGUACACCCAGUUCGUGUUGGAGCUGAGUGCCCUGGGCGUUGUACGAAUCGCAUCUCACAAUUCGCAGGUAUUACGUCCCAAAUGGACCGAGCUGUAUGCCGCCCGAAGAAGACAACGCUGCGCCGCCUCGAAAUUGCCAGAGCUGCCCGAUAGUUUCUUUGGAUGGAUUCCCGUUCUCUACCGCAUCACCGAAGAGGAAGUUUUGCACUCAGCCGGCCUCGAUGCAUAUGUCUUCCUAUCUUUCUUCAAAUUUGCCAUACGCUUCCUUCUGUCCGUGUUCUUUUUCGCGGUGACCAUCAUUCUCCCACUGCACUACAAGUACACCGGCAAGUAUGGCGUUCCUGGCUGGGACCCUCCGAGCAACAAGUCGAUGAGCGCUACCGACUUUCUGGCCGAGAACAAGGACAAGGAUAAGCUUGUCACUGAUCCGGGAUACAUCUGGAUUUACGUCCUGUUUCCCUACGUCUUCAGCGGCCUGGCCAUCUACCUCCUGCUCCAAGAAACGAACAAGAUCAUUCGCACCAGACAAACCUAUCUCGGGAACCAAACCAGCACCACCGAUCGCACUAUUCGCUUGUCCGGAAUUCCACCUGAUUUGACGUCAGAAGAAGAGAUCAAGGAUUUUGUGGAGGGCCUGCAAGUGGGUAAGGUGGAAUCGGUCACCUUGUGCCGAAAAUGGCGAGAACUGGAUCUUCUCAUGGAUCAGCGAAUGAAAAUUCUACGGGAAUUGGAGCGAUCAUGGACGGCGCACCUUGGCUAUAAACGACCGAGAAGCGAUGGAAACACAUUGCCCCUUACCCAUCAACCACCCUACACCUCUAAUCGCCUACAUCUGGAAGAGGACAGCGAGCAUGCACACCUGCUAUCGAGUGAGGAGCGGGAGCAUGUUGCCGGCUAUCAUCGAGAGCGACCAAAGCUUCGGAUCUGGUAUGGCCCAAUGAAACUCCGAUUUCGAAUGAUUGAUGCCAUCGACUAUUACGAAGAAAAACUACGCAAAACCGACGACCAGAUCCAUAGCGCCCGUGGAAAGGAAUAUCCGCCGACCGAAAUCGCGUUUGUGACAAUGGAAUCUAUCGCUGCCUCCCAGAUGCUCGUCCAAGCGACCCUUGAUCCCCACCCCAUGCAGAUGUUCGCUCGCCUGGCACCUGCACCGGCAGAUGUGGUCUGGAGGAAUACCUACCUCUCUCGGACCCGCCGAAUGACGCAGUCGUGGCUGAUUACAGUCGUCAUCGGGUUUCUCACCAUUUUCUGGUCGGUUCUGCUACUGCCAAUUGCGUCGUUGCUGCAGCUAGAAACACUUCAUAAAUUCGUUCCUCAACUCGCCGAACUGCUUGCCAUGCAUCCGAUCUUGAAGUCGCUGGUUCAGACGGGUCUGCCCACAUUGGCAUUUUCGCUUUUGACAGUGGCUGUGCCUUAUCUAUAUGAAUGGCUCUCCCACAACCAAGGUAUGAUGUCGCGUGGCGAGAUUGAGCUUUCCGUCAUUUCGAAGAAUUUCUUCUUCUCUUUCUUCAACCUGUUCCUCCUCUUCACUGUUUUUGGUACCGCAUCCGGGUUCUAUGGCUUCUGGCAAAACCUGCGUGAUGCUUUCAAGGAUGUUACAACCAUUGCCUUUGCACUCGCUACAUCCCUUGAAGGCUUUUCCCUGUUCUAUAUCAACCUUCUUGUGCUUCAAGGAUUGGGCCUCUUCCCCUUCCGUCUAUUAGAAUUCGGAAGCGUUGCCUUGUACCCACUCAAUUUCCUCAAGGCCCGGACGCCGCGAGAUUACGCAGAACUCUCGACACCUCCUAAGUUUAGCUAUGGGUUCUCGAUUCCUCAGACAAUCCUGGCUUUGAUCAUUUGCAUUGUCUAUAGUGUGUUCCCGAGCUCGUGGCUCAUCUGUCUCUUCGGUCUGGUGUACUUUUCGAUCGGCCAGUUCAUCUACAAGUACCAGCUGCUGUAUGCCAUGGAUCACCAACAACACUCCACGGGCCGUGCUUGGCCGAUGAUCUGCAACCGGUUGUUUGUUGGUCUCGUUGUUUACCACCUGGCCAUGAUCGGCGUGUUGGCAUUGCGUGGCGCCAUUACGCGUUCCCUCCUGCUUGUGCCUCUACUCGGGUUCACUGUGUGGUUUUCGUACUGGUUUUCCCGAACGUACGAACCGCUAAUGAAGUUCAUUGCGCUCAAAAGCAUCAACCGCGAACCGCCGAGUUCGGGCGACAUCUCCCCCUCCCCGUCUUCAACUUUUUCACCUCCAUCGGGCAUAGACCGUGACGUGCUUCCCAUUCGGGUAGGGGGACAAAAUCUUGAGCUGCGACUGAAGAAAUAUAUCAACCCCAACCUCGUCAUUCCCUUGUACGAUGCUUGGCUACCGGGCCGAAGUCCGGCUCCAAGCAAUGGUGCCUCGUUGCUUGCGAAUAAUGAAAGCGUGCAUCCCGCCUCUCUCUGA